AAGCAAAUAUGUACUUGCACUUUGGAACCAAUUGAUCCAGAGGAUUCGGCUUCAUUAGCAAAACGCUUGGGUUCUUUUAAGAAAAUGGCAAACCGUGGCUUCAUAUGGGUUGUUUGUCUCCUGGUGGGUCCGUUCCUCUUCUCCAAAUGUGCAGUUUUUAUUAGUCCAGAAGAGGCAAGAAGCGUUUUGCACCGAUAUAAAAGGUACAACACUGGGAGGCUGGAAGAAGUGGUUCAAGGAAACCUUGAGCGCGAAUGCAUCGAGGAAACUUGCAGCUAUGAGGAAGCAAGAGAAGUUUUUGAAAAUGAGGAGAAAACGAUGGCAUUUUGGAAAGUAUACCUUGAUGGAGAUCAGUGUGUUUCAAACCCCUGCCAAAACGGAGGCCGGUGUGAAGAUGACGUUAGUAACUACAUCUGCUGGUGUCCGGCUGGUUAUGAAGGAAGGAACUGUGAAUUAGAUGCUACCUGCUCAACAAAGAAUGGAGGCUGCAAACAAUUUUGCAAGAACAACCCUGCUGGAAAAGCCAUUUGUUCCUGUGCUCCUGGGUACCGGCUUAAAGCAGACGGGAGGAGCUGCGAACCGACAGUGCCUUUUCCGUGUGGAAGGAUUACAGCUCCAGAAGCAAAGAGGAAAAUCACACGCUCUCAAUCCACGUUUGACAGUUGGGUCUCCACCAAUGCUACCAACGAUGAUCUUGAAGAAGAAGAAGAGGGGUCUAACAAUACUACACAAAUUCUAUGGAAGGCAGCAUUCCGCAAUCGAGUGGUUGGUGGCACAGAUAGCUUGAAAGGCGAAGUUCCCUGGCAGGUUUAUUUGCUCAACCCUGAGAAAAAGGGGUUCUGUGGUGGCUCCAUCAUCAAUGAAAAGUGGAUUGUCACAGCUGCGCACUGCCUUGAGUUUGAACCCCAUAGUAUUGUAGCAGGGGAACACAACGUGAACGCCAUCGACCACACGGAACAGUCUCGCCAGGUGGCACGGGCGAUACCUCACCCCACAUACAAUGAGAGCAACAAGUACCACAAUGACAUUGCCCUCCUCGAGCUGGAGUCACCGCUGGAGUUCAACCAUUACGUCACUCCAAUUUGCAUCGGCGACAAAGAGUUCACCAACAACCUCCUUAAGCAUGGAUUGGGCACUGUGAGCGGCUGGGGGAAACUGCAGUACCAAGGACGACAGGCGAGCAUCCUCCAGGUUCUGAAGGUUCAGUACAUUGACCGUCCGACCUGCUUGCGGAGCUCUCGGUACACCAUCUUGCCCAAUAUGUUCUGUGCUGGUCAACCAGGUGAAGCCAAGGACACCUGUCAAGGAGACAGUGGGGGACCCCAUGCCACCGAUAUUGAAGACACUUGGUUUCUAACUGGGAUCACCAGCUGGGGGGAACAGUGUGCUAAGAAGGACAAAUACGGCAUCUACACCAGGGUUUCGAGGUACAUUAAAUGGAUAAGAAACACAACAAGGAUUACCCGGGACUAGAGAUGCAAAGGCCCUUAAAACAAAAAUGGAAAAAUGUAUGGGGACGCUUUUUUCAUUUUCUUUUCCAAACUCUUUUUCCCCCCUUAAAAAUAUGAAAUAAUGGAUUAUAUUAGAAUGAAUAAUAAAUGUUUAGAGGAAGACAUUCAUCUAAGACUAUGAACAGUAUCAGAUCAUUACAGUAUCAGCGUCCUUUCUCAGCUCUAAGUGAGUGUUAUGUCUGCAUGAUGAUAUGGAGAACUAGUGGAGAUGGUAUAUAUUUGUUUUACUUGAUGUUUUUCCCCCCCUGAUUUUAUUGAAGGGUGUUCUUUUAUGCCUGUUUCUCAUAAAACUGGCAAACGCAAAGAGAUACAUAGUUCAGGUGUUCCUUGCAACAUGUGCCCUUGCAGCUGAAACAAAAUAAAUUCUACUGAAGUACA